AACACUAGCAUGACCGAAAUGCUAGUCAUGCUGCAAGAGAUACAAAAGAGAAAGGUGUCGAAGACGUCCGCGCGAACGGUUGCGUUCCAGAAGGAGAAAGCUGCGCUGUUUGCCAGUGCUCGCCAACGAGUGGACAAGGCAGUCCGCGUCGGUGGCGUCUCUAUCGAGAAGGCACGCACAACGAUGCUGGACCUCAAGGCUAAAGAGGUAUCUCAAGAAGCGGCGCUCACCUCCCUCAAGGUUCUCUGGGACAAUCAAGAAGAUUGUGUCCAAGAUAUCCUAAGCAACUUCAAUGGGAUCAUCGAAGAUCUGGCCCAUCGACGUGCGGAGCAAAUCAACGAAGCCAGU